AUGGAGCUGCUCUUUUCCGGCCGAUUCAUGGCUCUAACGGCAGACGAGACACACGUGCAGAUCCAGGCGGAAGCCGUUUCAUUCUUGCAGCGCUUGACGGAGCCCCUGCUCGUCGUGAGUUUUCACGGCAAGACGUCGCUUAUCCGCAGUCUCCUACGCGGCGUGGGUGACGAAGCAGCCGAAGGCGUGUGGCUCUAUGUCAAGCGUGUGAACUUUCCAAAUGCCAAAUAUUUGGCAAUUUUGGAUCGACCGGGGUUCGGAGACUCGCCUGUGGAAGUGCUUUUAUACUCGAUCCUGGCGAGUCUGAGCAGUGUGGUAGUACACCAUGUGGAUGGUCACUUGACUGCUAAAGCAGUAGACCAAUUUGCGUUUCUCGCGUUUAAGGAAGACAAGAGCGACGCAUCACCGAAGUACGCUUUUCCUCAAACCCCGAAACUACUUUGGGUGCUGCAGAAUGUUACUACCAGCGAGCUGAAGGAGCAGGUGCAGGAGAGUGGAUUGUCUCUUCAGGAGACUGAACAUGCAUACUUGUGCAAAGCGUUGGCCACACUACCCAAGGAUUCACCAAGUGCUGAAUUAAGCAAGCUUUUUAAGUCUGUAUUUCCUGAGCAAGGGUUGUACGCUGUCCCACCAAGAGAGUCAGAUGCAUUCGAGAAGCGAAUGAAAAAAUUGCUGCGGGUUUUUACAGAUUCGAUACACAAUCGAUAUCUAAAAGGGAUCGUGUUAAAUGGACCACUUCUAAGUUCAAUCGCGGUUUCGAUGCUUGCUCGUCGCGAAGACGUAUUCAAGGCUUUUCAGGGUCAAAUUUGGAAGGAUCUGAUUUACAACUGCUGCCUCAAUGUUGUCGAAAAUGGAGUCAAGCUAUAUAAGCUUCGGAUGUCCGAAAGGCUGGGCAUCAUUGUCGACACGUCAGACCUUAAGGAUUUGAAGCAGGCGCUUCCUCCUGCUCAAGAAAGCCGAGAAGUAGUCGAACUACCAUGUGAAAACGAAACUCUUCUCGACGCGCACGAUUCUGCAAAAUAUGAAGCAAAAGCAACUCUUCGCACGAUGCCUGUUCGAUCCGGAAAACUCAGCUCAUUGCUUAAGAAAUUAUUUUGUGACAAAGUGUGGUCUUCGUUCGCCACGAUUCAGGAUGAGAACAACCGCAUUUCAUCUGAAAUAUGCCAAUCAUUGCUCACUACACUGCACAUUAAGAUGACAGACAAAGUCGAUGCGCAUUUCAACUUGGGUACUCAAAAUGAGGAAGACUCUUUUCAGUCGACAGAACUUGAGAGAUUUUAUUACCAUUACCAAACGAACCUGUUUGAAUUGCUUGCCAAGUAUAGAGACCAAGCUAAGGGGCCUGUCAAGAAAGAAGAGCUUUCCAAGUUCAUGCACAAUGUUAUCAGGCCACAGCUCGCUGAAUAUUCGGAUAAGCUGGAAAGUAUUCGCCAGUAUAACGUGAAUGUGGUCGAGCAUGCGAUCGGUCACAAAGAGGAUGAAAUCGAGAAAUUCAACGCUAAGCAGAAAAUGUACCUAAAGCAGUCAAUGGAUGCACAAAAUGAUGUCGAUCGACAGCUAGUCGAAGGUGCUAAGCUUCAGGCGCUGCGGAAAGAAGCGCUUGUUGGAGCUAUCAAUGACCUGACCAGGAUGCACACGAUGGCAACUAAACAGAAGGAGCUACUGGAAGCGGCUGCGUUCGUUUCGGUCCAACUUCCCGAACAAAAGGUCAUUGAAGCUGCUCAGGAUACAGAAGUCACGGAGCUGCAGGGCUACCUGAUCAAGCAAGGUGGUGGUGGAAAUGUACUCAACCCGCUUGGCAGAAAGAACUGGAAGCAACGGUACUUCAUUCUCAUCGGUGCUGACUUAAUUUACGCAAAGACGAAGGACGAUUACGAGCGUGGAAAGAUUAUCAAGGAACUCAGCCUAAUUGGAUGCCGCGUUGAUCCCUCUCGCGAUGCGGGUGAAGGAUUCAAUAUUACUCCAGGUAAAUCCGCACACGUGUUUGCGUUGCAACGAGGCUUGUUCGAGAAAAAUAGUAAGAAGCGCUCAUUAGCGGCAGACAGCGGUCGCAUUUUCAAGCUGCGUGCUCAAAACAUUCAAGAGCGUGACGUGUGGAUUGAGAAGCUACGUGAAGCGGCUGGAGGCAACUAA